CUACACGAGAGCAACUACGAUGCCGGGAAGGCCCUCCAGCGUCUGGUGAGGAAGCCCGUCCCCAAACUGAUCGAGAAAUGCUGGACGGAAGACGAAGUGAAGCGUUUCAUUAAAGGCCUCCGGCAGUACGGCAAGAACUUUUUCAGGAUCCGAAAAGAACUGCUGCCCAAUAAGGAGACGGGAGAGCUGAUCACCUUCUAUUACUAUUGGAAGAAAACCCCAGAAGCUGCCAGUUCCCGGGCUCACCGCAGGCAUCGGCGACAGGCCGUCUUUCGAAGAAUUAAGACCCGGACAGCUUCCACUCCGGUUAACACCCCCUCCAGGCCCCCUUCCAGCGAAUUCUUGGACUUGAGUUCGGCCAGCGAAGAUGAUUUCGACAGCGAGGACAGCGAACAGGAGCUGAAGGGCUAUGCGUGUCGUCACUGCUUCACCACCACCUCCAAGGACUGGCACCACGGUGGGCGGGAAAACAUCCUUCUCUGCACGGACUGUCGGAUCCACUUCAAGAAGUACGGCGAGCUCCCACCCAUCGAGAAGCCGGUGGAUCCCCCGCCCUUUAUGUUCAAGCCGGUCAAAGAGGAAGAUGAGGGUCUCAGUGGGAAGCAUAGCAUGAGGACGAGAAGGAGCCGUGGCUCGAUGUCUACGCUCCGCAGUGGCCGUAAAAAGCAACCCACCAGCCCAGACGGGAGGGCCUCGCCCAUCAACGAGGACAUCCGAUCCAGCGGCCGCAACUCUCCCAGCGCGGCCAGCACGUCUAGUAAUGACAGCAAGGCGGAUUCAGUCAAGAAAUCCACCAAAAAGAUUAAAGAAGAGGCUUCUUCUCCUCUCAAGAGCUCCAAGAGGCAGCGAGAAAAGGCGGCAUCCGACAGCGAGGAGCCCGACCGCAUCAAUGCCAAGAAAACCAAAACCCAGGAGAUCAGCCGACCGAACUCUCCCUCAGAGGGCGAAGGGGAGAGCUCCGACAGCCGCAGCGUGAACGACGAGGGCAGCAGCGACCCCAAAGACAUCGACCAGGACAACCGCAGCACCUCGCCCAGCAUCUCCAGCCCGCAGGAUAAUGAGAGCGACUCGGAUUCCUCGGCCCAGCAGCAGCCGUCUCUCCAGGCCGCCAACGGCCCGGCUCAGCCUCCGGGGCCCCUCCCAGCACAGCUGCCCUCCUUGCCAGCCGGCUCCAGCAUCCCCUCUUCCGCCGUCGUCCCGCACAUGUCCCCUUCAGGAGCGCAGCCCUCCAGCCAGCCUCUGGCCCCCAGCCUCCCUCAUUCGCACAUCCAGCAGGGCCCUUCGUUGCAUCCGCCCAGGCUGCCUUCCCCUCCUCACCCGCCGCUGCAGCCACUCGCCGGGGCCUCCGGCCAGCCCCAGGGCCUCCCCCCGCCGCACCCUCAGCCGUCCCUCCAUGGCCAGAUACAGGCCCUCCCGCACAGCCUGCAAGCUCAGCCCCUCUUGCCCCACCCGGCCCCCCUGCAGCCCUUCGCCCUCCCGCCCCAGGCCUUGCCAGCCUCCUCUUCACAGUCUCAGGGUCCCCUGCCUCCCCCGGCCCACCCUGCCCUGCAGAAUGCCCAGGAUCCCGCUGCUUUUUUUCUGCGCCAAUUGUUUUUAAGUUUCUCGUCCUGCCCUUCUGUCCGUCCUUGCAGGUUCUACAAGCACCUGGACCGCGGCUACAAUUCCUGCGCCAGGACGGACCUGUACUUCAUGCCGCUGGCCGGCUCCAAGCUGGCAAAGAAGCGAGAAGAGGCAAUCGAGAGAGCCAAGCGGGAAGCAGAGCAGAAAGCGAGAGAAGAGAGGGAACGGGAAAAAGAGAAGGAGAAGGAGAGGGAACGAGAACGGGAGCGCGAGAGGGAGGCCGAGAGGGUGGCGAAAGCGUCCAGUUCCUCCCACGACAGUCGUCUCGGAGAAUCUCAGCUGAGCGGCCCAGCACACAUGAGGCCGUCUUUCGAACCGCCCCCCACUACCAUCGCAGCUGUGCCCCCUUACAUCGGUCCGGACACCCCGGCCCUACGGACGCUGAGCGAGUAUGCGCGUCCCCACGUCAUGUCCCCCACCAACCGGAACCACCCUUUCUUCGUUCCCCUCAAUCCCGGCGACCCGCUCUUGGCCUACCACAUGCCGGGCCUCUACAACGUGGACCCCACCCUCCGGGAGCGGGAGCUGCGGGAACGGGAGCUGCGGGAACGGGAGAUCAGGGAGCGGGAACUGCGGGAAAGGAUGAAGCCGGGUUUCGAGGUGAAGCCUCCCGAACUGGACGCCCUUCACCCGGCCACCAACCCCAUGGAGCACUUUGCCCGUCACGGGGCCCUCACCCUCCCCCCGACCGCAGGCCCUCACCCCUUCGCUUCUUUCCACCCUGGGCUUAACCCUCUGGAGAGGGAGAGACUCGCUUUAGCCGGCCCGCAGUUACGGCCCGAAAUGAGCUACCCGGACAGACUGGCUGCCGAGAGGAUCCACGCUGAGCGAAUGGCGUCCCUCACCAACGAUCCCUUGGCCCGGCUCCAGAUGUUCAACGUGACGCCCCACCACCACCAACAUUCCCACAUCCAUUCACAUCUGCAUCUCCACCAACAGGACCCACUACAUCAAGGCUCAGCCGGACCCGUUCACCCCCUUGUGGACCCUUUAGCCGCUGGACCGCACUUGGCACGCUUCCCUUACCCUCCCGGAACCAUCCCCAACCCGUUGCUAGGACAGCCGUCUCACGAGCAUGAAAUGCUGCGGCAUCCCGUCUUCGGUGCCCACUACCCACGGGAUCUCCCUGGCGCCAUCCCUCCUCCCAUGUCAGCGGCCCAUCAGUUACAAGCUAUGCACGCCCAGUCGGCAGAGCUUCAACGACUCGCCAUGGAACAGCAAUGGCUUCACGGUCACCCCCACAUCCACGGGGGGCAUCUUCCCAGCCAGGAAGACUAUUACAGCCGCCUGAAGAAAGAGGGCGACAAGCAGUUGUAAUACCUUAUUUAUUUGUGACGCUGACUACUCAAGUUCCUAGUCCUCGGGGGAGCAGUGGAAUGUGUUUGAAUCUCGAGAACUGCUGGAAAAGCAAAAAUUUUCUCUUCCGGAGAGAACGUUCUUCUCUCUUUUCACACACGGGAAACACACAGCAGUUCCCCCCGUCCCGUCUCCCCCCCUCGGCCCCACGCGUUUCGCCCGAAAAGCCAGACCUCACGAGACGUGAAAUUGGUGCAUAUGUUCUAUAUAGCAUUCAUUUGUAGGAAAGAUUUCUUCCAGAGCAGUCCAGGAAUUUCCUUGCAUGACUAAACCUGUCAAAAGGCCUUUCUUUGUUUGUUGGUUUUUGGAAUGGGAGGAAGAAGAGGAAAAAACGAAACAGAGCCGGAGAGAAAUUAAUCCAAAUUAAUUUCCUCGAGCAAUCUUGGGACAUUUGGUUUGGUUAUGUUUUGGCUGUUGGUUUUAUUCUUAUUUUUUUUGUAUUAUUUUUCAUUUUGAGUAGGUGCUAGUUUCAGGUUCACAACCUCUUAACGCAGGCCACUGUGCAUAAAAAAAAAAAGUAUAUUCAAUUUAUAUAUAUAUACUUAAAAAAAAAUAAACCUCCGAGAAUCGCAAAUAGUGGCUUUUACAACCUCUGAAAAAAAAAAUCCAAGUGCUAUAAUAGAAUUUUUAAAAAAAGAAAAAAAAAUCUACUUUUAUUUUAAUACAUUGUAGGCAAACUUCAUAAUUUUAAAGAGAGCUUUGCAAGCAUGGCUUUUUAAGUCUGUAAAUAACUUUUUGGGGGAGGGGUUAGGGGUUUUAAAAAAGAUGAUUAUAAUUUCAUGAAUUCCUGAUUAUUAAUAUUAUUAUUAUUAUUUUUUUGCCUCUUCUCCCAGCCCCGACUCCUUCCUCUUCCUCAUAAAAUCAUCUACUUCUUAAACCUGGUGUUCACAAGAAUAUAGACUUGAUUUUUUAAACAGAUAAGAGGAAUAUAUAUAUAUAUAUAUAUAUAAGCGACCCUUCGAUUCAGGGAAAGGGAGUACCAUAAAGUCAAUAAUUUCAGAACGGCUGGUCGGCGCGCAAGCAUUUAAAAGGAGUGGCAGGGAUAAUAUUAAAAAAACACAUUUUUUUUUGCACACACGUUAAAUGUGCAACGUUCUUUAUUUAAUUACUUUCGUUCCUCGCUCUUCCUUCAGUAGCUGGUUGUGUUACAAAGCAGUUGUUUGAGCAGGAAGUCACACCUCAUUUCCAAUUCAUGGAUACUUCACCUCAUCCCCAGGUGCCUCUUUACAUACACCCUCCUUUUCCUGAUUUUAUUGUUGUUGUUUUUUUUUUAAAUAUCCCCAAAGUGUAGAAACAUCGAAAGUUUUUUUGGCCGUAAACCCUACCUUUUCUUAGUUGGGGGCAUGUGGGUCUUUUCAGCCAGCCCAUAAAUUUCAAUCUCAAAUCAUUUUGAGAGAAGCUAAAAUGGGUUGGCAGAGCAGUAGGCUUUCAAACCAGUUAUGCAAAAUGCAGGGGUUUUUUUCUAGGCUGGCUGCAAUUAUAAUUUUAAGUCACCCACGGUGGUUCAGGCAGGCUCUCUCCUCCCGUGUUGGGAAGAGGAAUAAAUCAGAAUUUUGCAACACUCAGGAACUUGCCCUGUUUGGUUAAGACGACUGCAUUUCCACAAGAAUAUUAACGCCAGCAUCCAGCUAAGCUACCUGGCCGUUGGCUGGAAUCGCACUGUGAAUCCUAACCUUUCCCACGGUUACGUCAGACAAGCUUUUAAAUUUGGGAGGCCGAUACGAAACGUGCGCCUCGUCACCACUUCCCCUUUUUGUUGCUCCUAUCAAAAGCCUUUGCUGCACCGUGUCUCGUCCCCCCCCUCUUAUUUUUUUUGGGGGGGAAGCCAAGAUUUCUGGCGCAAAGGACAUUUUAAAAAAAAUCAACCCACCUGUUUUCUCAGGAUAGGCCUCUCCAUCCUUCAAAAUCCCCCCUCCUGAGCACUUUGCAGCCUGCCCAUCAUCCCUUUCGCCCUAAAGGGGUUUUUUUUUUUAAAUCCCAGCACCGACCGGCAUCUCUGUUUCACAGGAUAGAUUUGGCUUGGCUCUUGGGGAUGGGUCUUUUGGGGUGGGUCUCACCCCUCCCGGAAUUAAACCUCGAUCCACCUUGGUGAACUGAUGCUUCUGCCUUGCCUUACCUCAAAAGAUACAAACGGUUGAAUCCAGCCUUUGGGGGGCACGGGGGGGGGGAAGAAAAUGGGAUUGAGAAGCAGGGAAAGCGUUUUAUUUUAAUUUUUUUUUUUUUGCAACUCGGAUGCAAAAAAGAAAAAAAAAUGUAUUUUUCCCACCGACUAGCAAGACAAGCUAAAAAGAAGUUGAAGGAACCUUGAAAAGUUAAUUCAUUCUUCUGGAGUGGAAAACACUAAAAAAAAAAAAAAAAAAGCAGAACAGCUCCCAAUAAUUGUGAAAAUCUUUCUUCCGUCUCCGUUCGUGCAAAGAGAAAAGUGAAAUCUAAUUUCAACAGGUAAACCUCGAGUCUUUGGGGGAAUCUGCCUUAAACGUAGAUCCCCUUUUGGGAAACAGCGGACAACAGAAGUUGCAAUUCUCAAGUCAAAGGUACCAUCCUGUUGAACUCCCACCCACCCUUCCAUUUUUCCUCCCCUCCAGUUUUCCAAUUUAAAUAUUUUGAAUCAUUCCAGGGCGGGAAAAAACUUUUAACUCGCAGUGUUAACUUCUUCCCAAUCUUAGCAAUCGCCUUCCUCUGUUGCAGUCGAUUUUUUUUUUCCUUUUGUGGAUUAACAUUUCUGCAGAACUUUUUCUGUUUGUUUUUUUUUUUGUUUUCACAACACAUUUCUCUCAUUCUGAUUGCCCACUCUCCUAGUCUGGAGUGGGCAAUUAUUUUUGUUUGUUCGUUUUAUUUCACACCAACCCGUCUCUUGUUCAGUGUUGUCCUUUAUUCAAGCUCUCCCUUCUGACAACUACGUUUAUAUAUAUCUUGAGGUUUAGUGUAUAUAUAUGAGUAGUUUGCCAUGGGAUAACACAGUGUAAAGCAGGAUAUAGAAAAAGAAGAAAAAAAACCCAGGAGUUGUGAAUUCUGUGUUCUCUCCAUUUGAGUAUUUUGUAAUUUUUUUGAAAUAUUUGUGGACAUAAAUAAAAACCGAGCUACACUA